AAGCUUGUUACCGAGCCUCAGACUAACAGACGAGUAUCGGCUGCAAGUCAUUUCUACCGGUCUAUUGUUCACCACGAGGCGGUGAAGGGUUUAAUGGUGAAGAAGAGAACUAGCUCCAUAGUAACGGUAGCCCGGGUUACCUAGCUAGAGCUAGAGCUAGCAUGCUGCUAGCCAGGAGAGGAGCAUCAGAGUGAUGUUACUGAGCUCACAGCCCGGAGCAGGUCGGCAGAGAGAGAUAAUACAUGUGUAAGCACAGCAGCGCCUCUCUGGGCUUCAGUGCUGGUAAACGUAGAGUCAGUCUGUGUGGUGAGAGAUGGUGCUGCGCUGCUGACAGCAGAGUCUGUCACCUGCUGUAGGGGAGUCAGACGAUCUGUCUCUCUGGGCUUCCUCAGACUGUCCCCCACAGCAUGCCACUGGGUUUUAUCCAUCCAUCUUCUACUGGAGCUGCUUAACACAUUCACAGGCUGAUGUCUUUGCAUCAUAAGUAAACUGGGGGAAAAAAGAGAACCUAAUGAACCAUGAUCACCACAGAGGCUGCGAGGGAGUUCCAGGCCAAAGAGCGCAAACACAAAGAGCAGCUGAAGAGAUGUUUAUCAUCUGCUUUAUCUGCAGACCUGGACAGGUUGCUGCAGGAGGAGCUGGAGGCUGAUGUUUCUCUGUAUGCUGGGUCAGGCUCGCUCCGAGCACACAGAGCCGUACUGUUGGCCAGAGCUCCUCAUGUCCUUCAGGGACAGACGCACAAAGAUCCCACCAUCAUCCAUCUCUCUGGCUAUGAGCUGUCUGGAUUGAAAGAUUUCCUCAGGCGACUGUACACAGCAGACCAGAGCAUGCGCUCGCCUGAAAUAAUCCCAGACACGGAGGGCUCAGUGCCAGACAGUACUCCGCCUGUUCCCGACCCCGCAGACCUUCAUAGUUCCACUGACUCAGACACUGUUCUCUUGCCAGCCUCGGGCCUCGGAGCUGACCUGCUGGAUCUGUACCAGAGGGGAGAGCAGUGUGACAUCACCAUCCAAGUAGCGGAGCAGGUCUUCUGCUGCCACAGGGCGAUCCUGUGCGCGCGGUCUCAGUACUUCCGAGCCAUGCUGAGCGGCAGUUGGAUGGAGAGCUCCAGACAGUGCAUCACCCUGCAAGGCUUAGGGCCAGAUGAGAUGGAGAUCCUGCUCCAGUUCAUGUAUGGGGCCAUUGUGGAUCUGCCACCUGGAGCCAGUGCCAGUCAGGUGAUGCUGGCAGCAGACAUGUUGGGUUUAGAGGGGCUGAAAGACGUGGUGGAGAUGGUUCUGACCCGAGACUACUGCCGCUUCUUCCCCAAGCCGAUUGACGGGGUUCAGAGAACAGUUCUGGAGUGUCUGUCCCUCACACACGCCUUGGGCCUUCAAAACCUCCACAUGCUGUGUAAGAGGUGGGUUGCUGAUCAUUAUGUGAAGACGUGGUGCGAGAGAAACUUUUCCCUCCUGUCCCCUGAGCUCCACGCGGCCUGUUUAACGGCUGUAACCGAAACCAUGACCGUGCAGAACGCAGUGACCAUGCUGUGUGGCACCGAGCAGUUGCUUGGCAGCCUCCCAGAAGUCAAGUGGGCCCAACAGGUGAGGAGCCUCGCCACGGAGCUGCAGGAGGAGAGCCUGCACGUCAUUGUCCAGCAUCUCCCCAAAGUCAUCUGCACCCAGGCCUUCCAGGAGCUUUGCAGGAGGGAAGAGUUCACCCGCGAGCCCACGUUGUUGAAGAAGCUGUGUUCAGCCAUCAGAGAGGGUGUGUCCGUGGACAACUGCUGUGAUCUUUUCGACGCUGUGUACUGUCUAUGUGGAGAUGACAUGGAAGAGGGUUCUCUCCUGGAGCAGGGAAGGAAAAAACGAGAGGAGCCGUUCAGGCAGGAGAUUUGUACGCUGCGUGGUCGGCUGUGGACCUUUCUGCUUCAGACUUUUUACGCGGUCCGCCACACGCAGGGAUGGGAGACCCUGUCUUCCAAACACAGAGAGAGGAUACUGGCAGAUGCUAUUGAUAAAGGGGACAAUCGAAGACUUGGCAAAAAGCCUGUAUUCACUAGCUCACAGUCGAGGGCUGUAAAAUGCCCUUCAUCUGCACCUGAGAGUCCUCCUGUGCUCAGGACCCAGAGAGCGUCCGAAAACACCACUCCUUCCUCCCGUAGUGCUGCAUCAGCCAUGAAGUCUGAUGGACUGGGGACAGCUAACAAAGCGGGAGACGGUCCCACAUCUAAGGCGAAGAAUGCAAAGAAGCCAGGAGACCGGAGCGUAGCAACGAAAGCAAAGGCGGCAUCAGCUGGCACGCCAGUUGUCAACGGCACGGGAGCGGCGGGGGCCAGGCGGGAUGUAGCCAGCGCCAAUGGCCCCAGAAGCUCUCAUGGUGCGAGGGAGCAAGAAAAGAAGCCCAACCCAGGUGCACGGCCUAAAACAUCUCCACCGAGCUGCACGUCUACGAGCCAGACGAAGGCUCAAAAGAGCUCAACGGGAAGGUCUGACAGCACUGCUGGCACCACCCAAGCUCAGCCAAGCGCUUCAUCCACAUCAGGCAGCGCCUCGCCAGAGAACGGUGCCAGCAGCCCUCGCAACAACACCCACUCCGUCCCAGGUGCCAAGCCCAAACACCAGGCUAAGGCGGUGAACAAAUCCCCGCUGACAAAAGCUCCUCAGAAAUCAGAUACAACGAAGAUCGGCAGCCCCACCAAUAAGUCAAGUGGCAAAGUCAAGACUGGUGCAGCAGAGAAAGCGUCUACUGGAGUGACGGCAGCAAAAGCAGACACCAAGGGAAGAGGCACACCAGACCACCAUGUCUCCAAGCAUGGAUCCUCCAUGAAAAAGCUAGCUUCCCCCAGGAAGGAAGACAGCAAGGACGGCUUGAAAUCCUCAGCACCGGACAAAGCAGGCAGUGAAGCUCAUAAAAAGAAGAUCACAAAACCCACCUCGGCGUCUGGAGCCUCGGCUAAAUCGAGUGCUAAAACACCAAAAGCCUCUUCGGCCUCCUCCAAGCAAUCUUCAGCAGUGGCUGCCAAGUCUGGACCGAAGCCGAAAAGUACUACUGAAUUAUCGAUGGAGAAAGCUUCUCCAAAAGCUGGAGGAACUUCCAAAACCUCAGCUGCCUCCAGGAAAUCGGGAACUAAAGGAAAAGAGGCAGCAAAUGGAAAAAAUUCAGACUGUCAAACUGAGCUUGCUCCGCCUGAAAACACUGGUGAUGUUGCGGAGGUAGCGCUCUCUGACCAGCCUGCAGCACGCAGUACACAGCCAACGAGCCAGAGCGGAGGGGAUUCAUCCAGCCUUCAACUAGAAUCGAGCCCUAAGCGGAGUCUCCGGAAGACUGAAAUACAGCCAGAAAACACUAACAGUGCGCCAGCAGCUAACAAACACCCCCAUGUCAAAUCUGCUAACGGAGACACUUGCAAACAGACUGAAGGGAGUAAAGCAAAACAUUCUCCAAGCAGCGUCAUCCGCGGAGGGCAAGCUCACGAGGUCAGCUCCCCGAAUUCUCCGAGAGACGCUGAACGCCCCGCAGACACCCCCUGCAGCAUGGGAAGCACCGACACUAACUUAGAGGACUCCUGGAGCGGCAUCCACCAUCAGGUCAGCCCGGAGUCCGAGACCGGCAGCACGCACACCACCUCCUCCGACGACAUCAAGCCCCGCUCGGAGGACUACGACGCGGGAGGCUCGCAAGACGACGACUGCUCCAACGACAGAGGCGUCUCCAAGUGCGGCACCAUGCGCUGUCACGACUUCUUGGGUCGCAGCAGCAGCGACACGAGCACCCCGGAGGAGUUAAAGAUGUACGAAGGCGGGGCGGGGUUGAGAGUGGAGGUGCGGGUGCGCGGACGAGAGGCGGAGACCACCAGCGAGGAGGAAGGAGCGAGACAGCGUCCUCGUUCCUGGUUGCACAGAGAUGAGGUUCAUGUAGAGGAGGAGCACUCAGAGGUGGAGGCCACCGUGACUGUAAAAAGCGUGCCCGACCACCAGCUCUUCUCCUCUGAGGAGGAGGAGGAAGAGGAAGACGAAGAUGAAGAAGCGACGGAAGAUGAGAGAUCUGAAGUUGAGGUGAUUCCAGGUCAGGCCCCGCCGCCGCCAACUGACCCCUCGCCACACUUUCAGGGCAUUGUCAACCUAGCUUUUGACGACGACGGCGUGGACCAGGAGAACGACCAGCCCGACUACCAGUCGUCUUCCAACUUCCGUCGCUCCGUGUUGCUCUCUGUCGACGAGUGUGAGGAGUUGGCCUCAGAAGAGGGCGGCGCCCAGACUCCACCUCAACAGCCCGAUGACGCUGCGACUCCCUGUGACGUUUUUGAGUGUGACUCUACAGCUCCUCAGUCCAACUGCGCCCCUACCGGUGACCAACAGAACCACCUGUCAGGCCAUCUUGAAAGUGAAAGCAUGGAGCACAAAAAACACGACAAAGAGGAGCAGGAAGAAGAAUCCUCUAUAUUCCUCACAGAGAUCCAGGAGCCCGGGCAGGAGGAGAGUAACGGAGUGAAGUCCAGUGGUCCUCUCCUGGAUGCUGACAAUAGAGACCUCCCUCCCCAGGAGCGCCCGUGCCACCUGGAUCUGCGGCACACAGAACAAUACAACGGAGGGCUGCGCAAAAAUCACACCAAUCCCUCAGAAAGCAAGAAAGCCGAUUUACAUCUAGACUUAAAUGAGCCUCAGCUGACAGGGGACUCUCCUGUACAUGUUGCACAAUCUCCAGCAGGGGACAAUGGUUGUGACAGAUUGGAUCAAACCUGCAAACAUGACCACCGACCAUCCAAAGCCCUCUCUCCCAUUUACGAGAUGGAUGUGGGAGAAGCCUUCGAGCACUGCUCGGACAAGGACAGGAAUGUUAAACUGAAGGCAGAGGAAGAAAAGCAGAGAGUGGACGAUGACAAAAGCAACGAGUUUGCGGAGCGGGACUGGAGCCUGCUCAGACAGCUCCUCUCGGACCACGAGUCCAACCUGGGCGUCAUAAACCCCGUGCCUGAGGAGCUCAACCUGGCCCAGUACCUUAUCAAGCAGACACUGUCCCUGUCACGGGACUGCCUGGACUCGCAGGCCUUCCUGUCCCCAGAGAAGGAGACUUUCAAACGCUGGGCGGAGCUCAUCUCGCCCAUGGAGGACUCCUCCACCAGCAUCACAGUAACCAGCUUCUCCCCAGAAGAUGCUGCGUCUCCGCAGGGGGAGUGGACCAUCGUGGAAUUGGAAACACAUCACUGACUAUACAGAGGAGAGAGCCUGCCGGACAGUUGACACCUCUGUGAACGUCUUUACAUCAACUUUGUCUUAAUUUAUUAUAAUUUAUGAUCAUAUUCCGUCUCUCUCUUUUUGACAUGUCUUUUUUUUCUGGACUCUGCAGAACUCUGGACUUUGCAGCAGCUUUAAUUUGCAUUCCCCAUUAUGCCCUCAGUGGGCCGUUUCUCGACACAAAUGGGCUGUUAUGCAUGCUGAUAUUUUUGUAUGUCUGACUGUUUAAUUGAUGUUGCUUCAAAGCUCUAGAAAAGAAUAGAGUAAGAAAAAAAAGAAUUUCUUUCUCAUGACAGUCUUCUGAUAAUAUGGUUGACUGAAGUUUCUUAAAGAAAAAAUAAUAUUGGCCUACUGGCUUGCAUUUAAUGUCAUUGAAAAUAAAGGUUUGUGUUUCUUGAAAAAAUGAAAAA